GGCUUGGAGGCAGAGAAGUAGCUUCCUCCUCGUAUAUAGUUCACCGCCUCUGCUCAUCUUCCCACUCUUGCUCCUCCUUACUCCUACUCCUCCUUACUCCUACUCCUCCUCAUACUCCUCUUCACACUCCCCUCACACCUCCUCACACUCCCCUCACACACCCACACAAUGUCCGUCGAAACAAUUGGCUGGUCCAUCCCCCAGUGGCUCGAGGCCCAGCGCGCCGCCUCCCCCGAAGAAGGUCUCGCCCGCAUCGUCGCCCAGGUCAAGACCUUCAAGCCCGACGACGUCGCCUUCAUCACCAUCGCCUCCGAGGACGUCCUCAAGCAGCAAUGGGCUGAACUCCAAUCCAUCCCCAACGCCAAAGACCUCCCGCUCUACGGCGUGCCCUUCGCGCCCAAGGACAACAUCGACGUCGCGGGCAUGCCCACCACCGUCGCCUGCCCGGCCUUCAAAUACGACCCCACCGAAGACGCAGUGAUCAUCAAGACCCUCAAGGCCGCCGGCGCGAUCCCCAUCUGCAAGACCAACCUCGACCAGUUCGCGACCGGCCUCGUCGGCACCCGCUCGCCCUACGGCGCCGUCCCCUCCGCGCUCAACGACGCCUAUUGCUCCGGCGGCUCCUCUUCGGGCUCCGCCAACGUCGUCUCCCGCGGCCUCGCCGCCUUCUCGCUCGGCACCGACACCGCCGGCUCCGGCCGCGUGCCCGCAAUGCACAACAACCUCAUCGGCCUCAAGCCCUCCCGCGGCGCCUUCUCCGCCACCGGCGUCGUCCCUGCCUGCCGCGAGCUCGACUGCGUCUCCGUCUUUGCCCAGACGCUCCCCGACGCGAAGCUCAUCUUCGACAUCGCCGCAAAGUACGACCCCGUCGACUCCUACUCGCGGCCCCUGCCGACCCCCAUGCCCGCCUCCUUCGGCGCCAAGCCCCGCCUCGCGAUCCCCGACGUGCCGCUCUGGUUCGACGACGUCCAGAACGCGCCGCUCUGGGAGAAGGCCCUUGACGAGUACCGCGCCGCCGGCGUCGAGCUCGUGCCGAUGGAUUUUGACCCCAUGUACAGACUCGGCAAGUGCCUCUACGAAGGCCCCUGGGUCGCCGAGCGCUACACCGUCGUCCGCAAGCUGAUCGAGUCCGACCCCGAGGCCAUGGACCCCACCGUGCGCUCCAUCAUCGCGCUCGCAAACAAGUUCUCGGCUGCCGACCAGUUCGACUGGGAGCAUCUCCGCCGCGACCUCGUCCGAGAGAUCGAGACAAAGUUCGCCGACUUUGACGGCUUCUUCGUGCCUACCGCCCCGCUCUCCCCCAAGAUCAAGGAAGUCCAGGCCGACCCCGUCGCCCGCAACGCAAAGCAGGGCACCUACACCAACUUUGUCAACUUCUCUGACUUUGCCGCGCUCGCCGUCCCCGCCGGCUUCCGCGAGGACGGCAUGCCGUUUGGCGUCACAAUCAUCGGCCGCAAGCACACCGAUUACGCGCUGCUCGAGAUUGCGCAGAACGUGCUUUCGAAGAAGACCCGCAAGAUUGGUGCUUUGACUAAGGAGACCGAGCCGCUCAAGUCGGAUGUUGUCUUCUAAUCAAUUCUCUCGUUUCUUUUAAUUAUCCUGGAGUUUCGUCUGUUGUAUUAUUAUACUUUAUAUUUAAUCUCUCUCUCUUCUAGAGAAUGUGUUAUGAACCGUCACGAGAUUUCACAUUGGCAUACAUCUACUUAUUAUUAGUUCCCUUCAUAAUAGAUAUCUGUAUAUAA